AAUCAAUAUGUCUGCUAAAAGAAUGAAAGUAUCUAAAUGUCCAAGUGAUGUACUCACUAUGACCAACAGAGCAAUCGUCAGCCCAGCAGACUUUGAUCCUAAGACGACCCCGCAUAUUGAUGUGAGGACGGGACCAGGACAACAUUUUAUUUUCACGAUACAGGCUGAUAGCAAAGUUGACAAAGGAACUGUUGCAUUCUCCCUUCCUCAGAGAAAGUGGGCAGUGCUCUCCUUGAACCAAGAGAUAGAUGUGUCACCGUUCCAGUUCAGUCCGGAGAAGCACUACCUUUCCAGUGUUCAGCUGGAUAUUGAUUUCUUCAACAAGAAGAACUCCAGUACUGAGCCCUUCAAUACUGAUGAGAUGGCCAGAGAGUUCAGUAUGCAGUUCCCAAAACAGGCAUUUAGUGUUGGACAGCAAGCAGUCUUUAACUUUCAGGAUAAAAAACUUCUAACCAUCACAGUCAAGGAUUGUGAAGCUACUGACCUUCGUGCUCUUCAGGCGGGAGAGAAGGUUAAACCACACAAGGUAUCCUGUGGACUGUUCCUACCUAAUACUGGAAUUAUAUUUGAGAGAAUGGAAGGAGCAACUAUUAAUCUCACCGGCAAAUCCAAGGGAAAGGUUGAGAGAACUCAAAUAAUAAACCCGGACUGGGAUUUCUCCAACAUGGGAAUCGGAGGGUUAGACGAAGAGUUUAAUGCUAUAUUCCGACGAGCAUUUGCGUCCCGCGUUUUCCCGCCAGAAAUCAUGGAACAGCUGGGGUGCAAGCACGUGAAAGGUAUCCUCCUGUUUGGACCACCUGGAACAGGAAAAACUCUGAUGGCCCGGCAGAUAGGUAAAAUGUUGAAUGCCCGUGAACCAAAGAUUGUAAAUGGUCCUCAGAUCCUGGAUAAAUAUGUCGGAGAAAGUGAAGCAAAUAUAAGGUACAGCACAUUACAGUAAAGUACAGUACAGUGCAAUACAGGCCUCCAUUUUGUUUUAACUCUUAAGAUUGAUUCAGGUGUAAACGACACUGUUGUGAAUCAGCUGUUGUCUAAGAUAGAUGGAGUUGAUCAACUCAAUAAUAUUCUUGUUAUUGGAAUGACGAACAGACGGGAUAUGAUGGAUGAUGCUCUACUACGACCUGGUAGGCUCGAGGUUCAAAUUGAAAUUGGAUUACCCAAGGAGGGUGGAAGAACCCAGAUUCUAGUAAUCCACACUAAAAAGAUGAAAGCUAAUGGUAAGCUAAGCGAAGAUGUAAACCUUGAUGAGCUGGCAACCAUCACUAAGAAUUUCUCUGGUGCUGAGCUGGAGGGGCUGGUCAGAGCAGCGCAGUCAUGCGCACUAAACAGGCUGGUCAAGGCGUCCUCUAAAGUUGAGUUGGAUCCUGAGGCUGCUGAGAAACUUCUAGUUUCAAGAGCUGAUUUUAUGCACGCCAUGGAGAACGAUAUAAAGCCUGCGUUUGGAGCUGCAGCUGAAGUUCUUGACGGAUUCUUAUCCAGGGGCAUCAUUAACUGGGGAGAACCUAUUCAAAGUGUUCUUGAUGAUGGUAAACUACUAAUCCAACAGGCUGCUAGUACAGAUGGACCCGGACUAGUCAGUAUUCUGAUCGAAGGAGCUCCGAAUGCUGGAAAAUCAGCUCUAGCUGCUCAGCUUGCGAAGUCCUCCGACUUCCCGUUCGUGAAGAUCUGCUCACCAGAGGACAUGGUCGGGUUCACAGAGUCAGCAAAGUGUCUCAUGAUUAGGAAGAUAUUUGACGAUGCGUACAGGUCUAUGCUGUCCUGUGUAGUAGUGGAUAAUAUUGAACGUCUACUGGACUACGGACCUAUUGGACCAAGAUACUCUAAUCUUACUUUACAGGCUCUACUUGUAUUGUUAAAGAAGACUCCUCCCAAGGGUAAAAGACUUCUUGUUAUCUGCACUACAAGCCGGAGAGAGGUACUGGAUCAGAUGGAAAUGAUUCCAGCAUUUACAGAUGUUCUUCAUGUUGCAAAUAUCACUCAAGAUGCACAGUUGAUGAGAGUUAUCCAGCAGACAAAUGCAUUUACUGGUCAAGAUCUAGCGAAGCUCGCUGAAAAACUUAGAGGAAGAAAAGCUUCGAUUGGAGUGAAGAAGCUUCUGGGUCUACUGGACAUGGUUAAACAAACAGAACCUGCCGCAAGGGUGAAUAAGCUGCUAUCAAAGCUGGAGGAAGAAAACUACAUUGAACUAGCACCUUAAUAAGGAUAAUAGAAGCUAGCAGGAGCAGCUUUAUUAGACUAAAAGAAGCUAACAGGAGCAGCUUUAUUAGACUAAAAGGAGCUAACAUUAGCUACUAAAUCAGUCUAUUACCAGUUUCCACAAUAAAAACUUCUGAUUAGGUUUUCCACGGUUUUAAACAGCUGAAGCUUUAAAAAACAGUCUUAAACUGCUGAAAUAUGCCACCAAAGCUCACUAUCUUGACGCUAUAUAGCCUUUAGGUAUUUGUUUUAAAUCAAUAUGAAAUGAAAUUCUAAUUUUAACAUUGUGACAUAAAAACAUUUUUCAAAUAAUCGAAUAAAAACAUGGCACUUGAUAGGCUACAAAAUGCUUGUACAUUGUACUGUACUGAGGAUACAGUACUAUUUAUGUACUUCUGAUGCUUUCUCCGAAAUUGUUAACGGACCAAUUAGAGGUACUACUGUACAAAAUCUUAUUUCUAAAAAUACAAAUUCAUUUUUAAGUUAGCAACGUCUUCCGUUUUCACAUUUUAAUAUCUAUUCACUGUUAUAAACUUACCAAAUUCAAAGUUGUAAUCAAUCAAUUUUAAUUUUAAAAUGACCUAUUUUUUUCAUAAUUAUGAUAAAUAAAAACAUAAAAUUUUAAAUAAGUCACAUUUAGUUUAGACGUGAAACUUUGUAUUUGAGUUUUGUGUGAAUAAAACCUUAUUUCACCAAUAAGUUAAAAAUGAGAUAAAUCAUUUUUUUAGACAUACUCAUAACAUAUGUAUAUUGAAUUCGUCAUAGUUAUAGAUAUAGGAAGCUCUUCAUUCGAGUAAUAAUCUCAAGUAUUUGUAGAUAAACAUCGUUGUUGUUAAUUGUUUUUUUUUACAGA